CUGCACAUGGGAGUGGACGAGAGCUACGACCUAUCUAUCCCGCAUGCCUCGCCAGCACCACAUCAUGAUGUUGAUGCUGCUCAUGGCUCUGAUGAUGGCAACCCAGCUGCACGCCAUGGGCAUGCCACCACGCAUGCCACCAUUCGGGCCAACACCACGACCGGAGCACUGCGAGCACUAGAGACCCUCGCCCAGCUCUGUGUCUUUGACUUCCUCGCUCGCCUCGUCACCAUCAGGGGCUCGCCCCUCCUCAUCCGCGAUGGCCCCCGCUUUCACCACCGCGGAUUGCUCAUAGACACGGCGCGACACUUCCUGCCAGUGCCAGUGAUGGAGAGGGUUAUCGACUCCAUGGCCUAUGCCAAGCUGAACGUGCUGCACUGGCACAUGGUGGACACACAGUCCUUCCCCAUCAAGACGCCCUCCUUCCCUCGCCUCUGGCUCGGAGCCUUCUCUCCCUCUGAGCGCUACACCACUGAUGACAUGCGCCACAUCGUGCAUUACGCAGAGGACAGAGGAGUAAUGGUAGUGCCUGAAAUCGACUCCCCAGCACACGCAGCCUCAUGGGGAGUGGGCUAUCCAUCGCUCCUGCCAGCUGCCAACUGCCCCGAGCCUCUCGAUGUCUCCAAACCCUUCACCUUCCAACUUAUCAAAGGGGUGCUGCAAGACCUCCGAGCCGUCUUCAAGAGCUCUCACAUUCACCUGGGGGGCGACGAAGUCAGCUUUGACUGCUGGAAUUCAUCUCCCGCCAUAAGUGCAUGGCUGCAGCAGCGCAACCUGACAGCAGAGGGCGGCUAUGGGUACUUUGUGAGGCGAGUGCAGGCAUUGGCCGUGGAGGCUGGAUGGCAGACCGCUGUCAUUUGGGAGGAGCCAUUCAAGGUGUUUGGCGCAGACCUGGAUCCAGCCACCACCAUCGUUCAGAACUGGUUUGACACCGCUCUGCCGCCCGCAAUUGUGCAGUCUGGAUUCCGUAUGAUCUUCAGCAAUCUCAACCGCGGCUGGUACCUUGACUUUGUUGACCGCACGUGGAGUGAGGUGUAUUCUCAGGAGCCGACAGCAGGGAUACCAGAGGAGCUACAGCACCUGGUGGUGGGCGGCGAGACGUGCAUGUGGGGGGAGAGGGUCGACCCGUCUGACCUGCUCAACACUGUGUGGCCGCGUGCUGCCGCUGCUGCAGGUGAGAGUGGGAUGAGGUUGCUGCUGUUGAGAGCGCAUCAGCCCCUGAGCAUGCAUGGACUCGCAUCUCUCGCAACGCUGACACGCCUGCACAUGUUCAGCUGCCUGCUCAUAUCCCUCAUUCCCUCUCUGUGUUUCCCUCCCCCUCCCCUCACAGAGCGCCUAUGGCCCCCCCGAGCAUAUGUGGACUUGCAUCUCCCUCAGGCCCACACACGCAUUCACAUGUUCCGCUGCCUUCUCACAUCCUCCCUUUCUACCCAUCCGCCUCCCUCCCUAUCUGUCUCCCUCUCUCCCGCGUCCCACUCAGAGCGCCUGUGGUCCAACCAGGCGUAUGUGGAGUCGCAUCUCUCAAACGCACUCGACCCCACUUGCGCCUGCACAUGUUCCGCUGCCUGCUCGCGUCGCUCCAUUCCUCCCAUCUCUCUCUGCCUCUAUCUCCCUCCCCCUCCCGGCACAGAGCGGCUCUGGUCCCCCCAGGCAUAUGUGGACUCACAUCUCUCUCAGGCGCACACGCGCCUGCACAUCUUCCGCUGCCUGCUCACAUCCCGCGGCAUAGAGGCUGCUCCAGUCGACAAUGCCCACGCGCGCUCCCAGCCCCCCUUCCCAGGCAGCUGCUAUCGCCAAUAA